AUGGCGUCAUCAAGCGGUGGUGUUCCGCCGGGAUUCAGGUUUCAUCCGACGGACGAAGAACUGCUGCAUUACUACUUGAAGAAGAAGAUAUCGUUUCAGAAAUUCGAUAUGGAUGUUAUUCGAGAGGUCGACUUGAACAAGGUUGAACCAUGGGAUCUUCAAGAAAGAUGUAACAUCGGAUCGACACCGCAAAACGAGUGGUACUUCUUCAGCCACAAGGACAGAAAGUACCCAACGGGUUCAAGAACGAACAGAGCGACGAAUGCCGGAUUUUGGAAGGCAACCGGGAGAGACAAAUGCAUCCGUAACACCUUUGAGAAGAUCGGUAUGAGGAAAACCCUUGUUUUCUAUCGGGGACGAGCUCCCCAUGGCCAAAAGACCGACUGGAUCAUGCACGAGUAUCGACUAGAAGAUAACGAUGAGCAACAUGACCCCCUCAAUCCGACCCUCACAUCUCAUGAAGAUGGGUGGGUGAUUUGCAGGGUGUUCAAGAAGAAGAAUCUUUUCAAGGUUGGAGGAACCGAACGGUCAAGAGGGAGCAUGGGGUCCGAUCAACUCGACCAUGGCUCGAACCAACCCGGUUCUUUUUCGCACCCCAAUCAUCAGUAUCUACCAUACCAUCAAGAUCCACCGCACCAACUACAAACCUUCGUCGAUAUAGGGCUCAACCAUGGUCACCUUCCUCAUCAUCAUCAUCAAUAUCCCCAUCUCCAAGCACAAAACUUCAUCCCCACCCACAAACCUCUCGGCUACGAUUUCUCCAAUCUACCAUCUGAAGAUUCACCGGUCAUGGUCAAACAACUAAUGACCAACCAUGGUGAAUGCGACAGUGGAAGCUGCGGUAACCAACAACUUAAUCCAGUUGCGUACCAAGCUUGUGAGCCUGGUUUGGAGGUGGGAACCUGCGAACCGGCUCAAAGCUUGGCAAAUGCAACCGGAACGCAUGACCAAGAUGGCGAUUCGUCGAAAGGGGUACAAAGGUAUGAGAAUAAUGCAAACGCAUCGUCGUCUUCAUCAAUGCAACAAAUGAAUCAAAUACCGUUGCGUGGAGAGAUGGACUUUUGGCGUUACGGAAAGUAG